AUGUCGGUCUACGCUCUGCAAGGCAAAGUUGCCAUCGUCACAGGCGCUGGCUCUGGCAUUGGCCAUGCCGUCGCCAAGCUCCUGCUUGAGGCUGGUUGCAGUGUUGUCUUCGCUGACUUGAGUCUUCAGCCGGCAGCUAAGCUGACCCUCGAGAAACAUGCAGUCUCGACGGAUGAAAAGCCACCAAGCGCAAUUUUUCAGAAGACAGACGUGGCUGAUUGGUCUCAACUGAAUGACCUAUGGAACACCACUUUGGAGAGACUCGGUCAGGUCGACAUCGUCGCCAAUAUCGCUGGAGUGUACGAUCCACCUUUCAGCGACUUCUGGAAACCACCUGGUGUAUCACCUGAAUCGAAAGAUGCGCCCGAUGCGAAUCCAGGAACAUAUGCAACAAUCUCGAUCAACUAUGUUGCUCCGGUCCGCCUAUCCCAGCUGGCGAUUGACUACUGGUGUCGAAACCCUCACAUCAACGGCAAUUUCCUUGCAGUCUCGAGUGUGGCAGCUUAUCUGCAUAUGUUGAGUACCCCGCUGUACAUGUCCAGCAAAGCUGCCCUUGUGAGCUUUGUGAAGAGUUUGGGUGCGCUCAAUGACUAUUUUGGUAUCCGUGUUGCAGCAGUAUGUCCUUCGGGCGUUAUGACCCCCUUGCUGGAGAACAAGAUCAAUGAUAAAGUGUCAGCUGAGGGGUCUCUCACACCUGAGGAAUGCGCGGGUGUCAUUCUUCGUGUGCUCCAAGAGGCGCAAUGGGGUCGAGGUAGCAUUGUUGAAACACACAAACUGGAUACCGAGGAGCCUGAGGGCAAGGUUGCUGUUCGCGACGUGAAUCUUGAACUCCUUUAUCCGAGUCUGGCGUUCCCUGAUAAUAUCGCUAGACGUAUUGGAGAGGACGAGCAGAAUUUGGUUGCGCGACUCAAAGACAGGGGCAUGCAGCCUUGA